UCAAUCAUAGCUUGUCUGUGCACUCCAGCCGUUAUAGUUCAGACAGGCCUACUUAGGAAAGAAAAUGUCGGACACUCUCCUCUACGUUGCCAUUGAUUUCGGCACAGCAUAUAGCGGCUACUGUGUGAAAUCUAAUGCUCCUGGCAAAGGUUCCCAAUUCAGGGAUACUGAGUGGGGAGCAGAAUAUGGAAUUCGAUCUUGCAAGACGCCUACAUGCAUCAUGUUUGACAGUGAUGGUCAUUUCCAAUGUUUUGGCUAUGCAGCUAUGAAGAAAUAUACCAACAAAGCUUCCUUACAAGGAAACGAAUAUUUCUUUUCAAACUUCAAAAUGGAGCUCUACAAAAACACAGAUAUCAACAGAGACAGUGAAUUGACUGCUUUCAAUGGGGAAAAAAUGGCUGCUAUGACAGUGUUCGCAGAAAGUCUGAGAUACUUGAAGGAUCAUGCACUUUUAAAGAUUAAAAAUUACUCAGAAGCUAUUCAACUACAGGAAUCUGAUAUCACAUGGGUGUUAACAGUGCCUGCAAUCUGGAGUAAUGCUGCCAAAGAAUUUAUGAGAAAGGCAGCUAUACAGGCUGGCCUUGUGACAGAAUCAAAACCAGAGAGGCUCAUGUUGGCUCUUGAGCCGGAGGCUGCUUCUGUGUACUGCAAACAGCUUCCAACUGAUGGGUUUGUAGGAGGAGAGGAGGAAACAAUGAGGCUGGACCAAAGCUCUGGAACACAGUAUAUUGUGGCAGAUUGUGGAGGUGGGACCAUUGAUAUCACUGUACAUGAAGUGAUAGAUGCCAAAAAAGUCAAGGAGGUGUACAAGGUAUCAGGAAAUGAUUUGGGAGGACAGAACAUUGAUAGAGAGCUGAAAUCAUUUCUACAACAAAUAUUUGGUGAUGAGUGUUGGAAGGAUUAUGAAAAAAACCAUGCACCUGAAUUGCAGAAGUUUAUGUUUGACUUUGCCUCAGCCAAAUGUGCUGACGAGAAUGAGGGCAUCAGCUUCCCUUGUUCAUAUAAUUUAACAGAGAUAGUGAAGAAGCACAGAGGGGAAGAUAUAGCGAGCUUGUUCCAGGGGAUUAAUGGUGCAACAUGGAAUGAUGGAUCAAUUGACAUCGAACCUGCAAAAUUCAGGUCCUUUUUCGAUGAAAGCUUUAGAGGCAUAGCUAAGAUCCUGAAGGAAAUCAUGAAAAGGGCAGAAUUGCACAUUGAGUAUUUAUUGUUAGUUGGAGGAUAUGCCUCAUCCAAAAUCUUGCAGGACUAUAUAAAAGGUCAGUUUGGCAGGAAGUGCAAAGUUAUGUGCCCAUUACAUCCUCAGGAGGCUGUAAUGGUGGGUGCUGUGGAGUUUGGAAUGCAGCCAGAAGUAGUAAUGUCGCGGAUUUGCGGCCUUACAUAUGCCAUUGCUGUUGGUCAGAGAUUUGACGAGUCAAAACAUAAGACUGAGAAAAAGUUCUUUAGCUCUGAUGGUGUGGCAUAUUGCGAUGAUCGUUUUGAAAGACUGGUGAAGAGGGAGGAAUCAGUUGGCUACAAUGAAACAAAGAGUCACAUCUACAACGCAAUCAAUUUUGAUCAGGAAUCUAUGAUAUUCAGAUUCUUCAGCACAACAAGACUGAGUGCAGAAUAUGUUGACGAGUGGGGAAUUGAUCAAAUUGGUUCCAUGACAGUUCCCAUGCCUAUUAUUUCUGGAGGCACAAACCGUCAAGUAAGGUUAGAUGUCAGGUUUGGGUCCACAGAGAUCACUGCAACAGCAACAGACUUAACCUCCGAUGAAACCGACACUGUUAUUAUCAACUUUAUGAGAAAGUAGUGACAUUUUCUGAUAAACAACAUUGCUUAUUGACACAGUUUCCCAUGAUUUCCCCUGGAAUAAGAUAGAAGAUGAGAUAUAAUGGAUAUCACACCAGCUUGUUGUAAAUUGUAAUCACAGUAAAAGCUUUAAAGCCACCAACAUGUAAAAAUAGGUAUCUAAAUACUUCUUGAUUGACCUUAUAAUUCAGUAAUUAUUUCAUGUGACUAAUGAAAUUAAAUUAAAUUAGACUGUCACUUUUUUUCACUACUGAGUGAUUGUGCUUCUGAUUUAAUUUUCCCAACAUGAACAUGAUCUGUUAUGACCCCCUGUGCCCCCUUCAGGCCUGGCAUCGCCAGUGCAUAAGCAAUGCUGGCCUAGCUGGUAGAAUUAGCUAAUCAUGUACACCUGAUGAAGGGGUGUGGGUAGUCUCUCUCUUGAUUUGGGACACUUUUAGGUUAGGCGCAUUCUGUUGCAGGCAGGGUUAUCUUUCCCACUGGCACCUUCUCAUUAUAUCUUUGAACGUCAUGCUGACUUAUGGUAUACCUGCACCCACAUGAACACUCGUAUACAUAUUUUCACUUUCCCCUAGACAUCUUUUGGUAAUGGUUAUUCAUUGCUUUUGAUAUCUUUUAAAUAAAUACUUUACUGGUUAAAGUUAUCUCUGUUGUCCCGACUCCCUCUUUAUGUUGCGGCUUAGAACCGGGUUGUAACAGUUUAUAGGCUGUACAGUAGUCGUCUCCUUUAAAGCAACACUAAAGAGUUUUUCAUACCUUCAUUUUUUUUUUUCAAAAAUCAUUUCAGCGGUUCAACAACUCGUAACAGGGUGAACGGCUUUUCUGCUGUCACUUCGCGGCCCUCUACCGCUAUAACUACACUAUGUAACUUCACCAGAUCGGGUAGCGUAUCUGUAGUUCCAUGAAAUGAGACAUAAGAAACUACAAAUUUGACUUACUACGAUCGCAAUACACCAUACUUUCAUAAAUUCUUGCAACAUACUCUACACCAUGUCUGUGGACAUCGUUAUUUGCUGGAUAAACAAAUUGCGUGCUUGAUGCAGAAGAAAAAUGCUUUAGUGUUGCUUCUCAUUUAAUCAUUAAAAUGAAGGUGAUGACUGGCAAAAUUAAUCAAAAGAUGUUUCAAUAAACCAUUGUUGAAAUGAAUGAGAAUGGUUUUAGGAAAUAGCCUACAGUAGGCCUAUCAGGUAGCCUGACCAGCCAGACCCACAUCAAGAUGUAGGGUCUGGGAACUCACCGUAGGCAGGGCUCAAUUGGAGGGGUGGGAUAAACUAGCCUGACUCUUGCCAGACCCUUGUAGUUCCGCCAUGCUCCACCAGAGGCGUUUCGCUGAGCUCCACACAAGGGUCUGGGCUCGAGGGCAAUCCAAACUCCUUCCAGGGAGCAAAAAAUGAUGAACCAAUCAGGAGCGCCGAAGCGAAUGUUUGAUUCAAACAACAAUGGCGGCUUGUUCACGAUGAGCUGCGGCUGACUUAGGCUGGCUUCAUACGUCAACGAGCUUUGGAGUCUUAGCGGGUGGGGCGAAUAUCACACGCAGCUGGGCCCGGACAGUCCAGCUGAGCUGCCGUGUGCCUGACUUCACUCGCGGGAGACCUCGCUGGAGACCUCGCCGGAGAUAUCGCGGGAUUUUGUAUUAAAUAUAGUAUAACAUUUUUUACUCAUUAAAAUGAGCAUGAUGACUGACGAAAUAAAUUGAUAUGAUGUGUUUAAAUAAACCACUGACUGUUGUCAUACAGUUAACAGGCCUGCAUUGUAGCACAUUAAUUAAAUAUCAAGUGUUUUCCGUGUGUAUCUAUUUACCAACAGCAUAAAAUAGCAGAAUAUCCACACGUUUUAAGUAGGCUAGCCUACUGCUGUUCCAGAAAUCACAAAUAAGAAGGUAUCCCUUCGAUUUCUGUUCAUUUUAGCACAUUCUAACGUAAGGAGCAAAGAAUCUAGAACAGAGCAAGAUGGAUCACAGGGAUAAGCUCCAGCGUCGUCCCAGACGUUGGCUACAGUGCUGUUCGUAAUAUGUAUCGUUCUAGAUCCAUAUGGUCCGCUCUAGAGUCUUUGGUAAGGAGGCAGAACGAGACACCUGUCAUACUCAUCAUGGGGAGAUUCCUUCCAAACGGCCCUAUCGCAACUUUGAACUGACGUCAUUGGGGUGGGUUUCAGCCUGUGCAGUCGCUAAGAAGACAACUGUGCUGGCCCAAGGUAGACGCAGUCUCCUGCAAUUUUUUAAGGACAUGUGACAUGAUGUCACGGUGGUAACUCCAUAGACCUAAUAGAAAUGGACAAAAAGACUCCGUUGUUCUCAUGGGAGGGGGCUGAAACAAAAAUCUGUUUACUUUUCAUCGUACUGCGCAGACUCGUACUUAUUUCGUGAAGUUAGCCAUCCUGUACAUUGCUGUAACUCGUCUGAUAAAUGGGAUUUUCCGAACAACUGUCAAUCCAUUAUUAACAUUCGUUUUAAAUGUUAUUAUUAUGUUUAUUUGCCUCUCGGUAAUGCUUUACCCUAUCAAACAGUAGGCUACCGUAGGCUUUUUCACUGAUCUUGCGAAUUACUUUCCGUUAUGGCUUUCGUGCAGGCUGGACUGAGCUUCUUAUCCAAACAUUACGGGGAAUCUCCUGUCGAACGUUAGCUUCCCUCCAACCAAUAUGCUAACUAUACUUCUUUAUGGGAAACCAACGUUAUAUACGGGGAAGAAGUGAAUUAGUUUUGCCUUCGAUACCCUAUAUAGAAUACACAGAAGCUAUAAGGGCGACACAGGGCACAUGUUACAUGAAGUUAUGGGAUCGCAAAAAAAUAUGCAAUCUAUGGCCGUCCAUGGGAGUUAGCAGAGCGUUGAUCACCUGCUCAAUUCGUGUCUCUACUUCCGGGAAUAUGCCUGCCCCCUUGGGUAACUCCCACCGUGUCUGCAAGAAGUCGGACAUGAUUUCUAACCAGUUUGCAUUUUGUCUGUCCCAGUAUGCACUGUGUUUAACCCAGCAUGCAUCACAUCAAGUCAGAUCUGCGCAGAUUUUCGAGAAGUCAAACGCACCUAAUGAUUCUGCUAUUUCAACUGUUUUGUCGAAUUUAUUGAGUAUUCAUUCUUUAAGUAAGGGAUAAUGUAUAGAACGCCGGUCAUUAUUGGAAAAUAAUUCCCGACAGGAUGAACAGAACCCCGACGCGCAGUGGGGGGGGGGUUUGCUUCGUCCUGAAGAGAAUUAUUAUUACAAAACCCGUUGCCAUUGAGAGCGGUCAUUACAUACUUUCACCGGUGAUUAUAUAGAUUUAACUCACCGCAGAACGUUGGGGAGGCCCAUUUAAAGUGAAUGGGAGCUCUCAACAUUCUAGAGAGCGGUGUAAUAAAAGAUGAACAGAGAAUGGUUUUGAAGACAUUUAUUGGUGGCAAGGAUGUUUUCACUCUUCUUCCGACCGGGUUUGGCAAGAGCUUGAAGUAGCCCAGCACGUCAUUCAAGGUAACGGACAAGUGGUUUAUCAAAUCACAUGCAAGGAUGUUUUACAAGGCCCCGCCUUCAGAAAUACUGUACAUCUCCUAUCGAGAAGUCCCAGAUCCUUGUGUGAAGCUUAGCGAACUACAAGGAUCUGGCGAGAGUCAGGUUAAGGCUGGCUUACAUUGCACGAUUUUGGUCUGUUUUAACAGUCGCCGACUACUUUUCCAAAAUCUUAGCAGUUUUAAGUCCGUCGGAGUCAGUCUUUUUCUAGUUUUGCCGUUACGACAAUAUCAAACAUGUUUGAUAUUAUCGUAAGUCUUUUCAGUCUUGGCUCAUGCAAAUAGUGACGUGAACACUAAAAACCAAUAGUGACCUCGGUCGACGAACACGAAAACGGAAGGGGCAAAAUAGGCGACAGCUGUAGCCUGUAUGAUUAUUUGUUAUUUCAUUUCUUAUAAUUUAUUAGUCGGCUAUUCUACGUGACAGAACAACUCUAUAUCUGUUAGUGAUGUCACACUAUCAAACAAUGCUGCAGAAACGCGAAAAAAUUACUUUGAUAUGAGUAGCCUAUCAUGUGAGUUCCUGUUGAUGAUGACGUAUAGCCUAGUGCACGAUGGAAAUAAUUUGAAGGAAUCUAGCAGCAGUCUUGUAAAUAGUGACUACAGUCUUUGCAAAAUCCUAAUCUGAGACUGGCCUGUGACUAGUCUGUGACUAAAAACUCAAUGAAUUGUCUUUAGAUGUGAGAGGGUCUGAGACUAGUCUUUCAAAAAUCUUUUCCAAAUCUUUGCAAAGUCUGGCAAUGUAAGGUAGGCUUUAGGGAUAAACAGUUGUCUUUCAAAUUCCCUCUCCACGCAAUAGGAUAACGCUAAACAAAUCAUCUUCUUGUUUUCAAGUAGCAGGAUGCGUAACCAGGGGGUCAAGACCGUGUAGAUUAGAGUCGGCAUGUUAGCAUACGCCAUUUUCAAGUAUGGCGCUGCAUGGAGCAUUUAGAACCAGCUCCGUGCACGGAAAUCCGUGUUGGGCACAAGCUCUCAUGCGUGUAUAUGUUGGUGGACGGAUACUUAUCCGGCGGCUUCAGCCAAUCGUUACUUAGUGCGUUCCUGACCAACUUUUACUUCUUUUUGUCACGCGGCAAGCAAUUAUGUGCAUUAUUGCCACCCUCUGAACUGGAUGAUGAUUCUGUUUUUACAGAAUGUCCAAUACAAAUCUAUGUAGGUCCAUGUGUCAUUUCAAGCUUUGGAACUUUGUGCAUGGUCAGAGCCGACUGGCGCUGGAUCAGAGCUCCAGUGUUCAAUAUGGCGUUGACUAUGAACUGGCCGGAUUUACUAGCCUAGCCUCCGCCAUUCAUUUGAAUGGAGCGGGACUUAGUCACGCUCUCCAGUUAUAAAUAAUACCUCAAUGUGCGUAACCGUCGCAACUUCUGGUCACAUGUCAGUCACCAUUAUCCACCGACUCUAUACACGAUGUGAUUGGUCCGGUGAUUCUUCCAUUUCCCAGCUCCCAAGCUCUACGGAGCGUUGCUAGGCUGCCAAAAUUAGUCGCAUAUUUGCUGCCCCUAGGGGCGUCUAGAUUUCUAGGCUAUCUAUCAGGAGAUUCAUUCGAGAUUUUGUGCUACAGAUGGUACGGGUUGAGAAUGCUCCUUUCUUUGCCGCACAUCGGGAAUCCCGAAGGUGCAGCAUUUGUAGUUAAAACUGCAACCGCAAGGGGGCAACAUAAGACCGCCCUAAUAACAUGCAGGUUCGGCUCAUGCCGGAAAAACACGAUAAAACUCGAAGACACCGCACUGGUGACAAGCGGAGACAAGAGACAUGACGCUCGGCAUCUCAGAUCGCAGUUUCAGAGUUUUCGAAUGUUCUACAACCCAGCUAGUAUCCGCCGUUCAUUCCGAUAUAUCCCCACUACGACAAUAUCUCCACUCCGACAUAUACGUCCAAUUGUCGUAGUGGAGGCAUGUCUCUUUAUUGAAAAGGUCCCACCGCUCCGACAUUUUCUGUUUUCAUGGUCGCAGUGGCGGUAUUUAACUUUUUUCAAUGUGCCAUUCCUACAUGAGGUCAUUAAUAGGCUAUUCAUGUCAUAACUAUUAGGCUAUCAUUAGGCUUACUAGGCAUGGCUGUAGGCAGCUAUGAGGCCACUGAGAUCUGGACCUCAUCAGUUUUGAGAGCUGGAAAUACAUGUUUGCUAAAUAUCGGUAUAUUGUUGUGCAUGUUGCGUGCGCGACUCGGGAAAGUGAAAGCAGUUUUGUAUAGACAUUGGCCGCGUUUCCCAAAUACGUUAAGAAGCUCUUAACGCUAAGAUCUUCUUUGGGAGCGCUCUUAAGAACGCUGUGAAAGAAGAACGUGUUUCCCAGAGUCGCUCUUAGCUUAAGAAGAUAUUUCACUAAGAUGGAAACGUAAGAUCGAGCUGACCCACUCUUAACAGCCUACUUAGCGAAGGGCGUGUAGAUUUCUAGGCUUUAGUGAUCAAGCUGCGUCAGGGAAAUGUAUAUCCUCCACUUUUUUAAACAAUAAAACAAUGUUCAAUGUUGCAAUGCGCUUGUGGCUUUGGACCACUGGUGUAAGAAACAUAGACUUAAAAAUAUAAUAUUGAAUUAUACGUUUAAAAUUUCAACACAUCUGCAUGAAUUUAUAACUACACAUACAAAAAACAUAAACAACCCUGUGGCAUUUCACAGAUAUCAACCUAAUCCAAUGAGGCUUCACCUGCUACUCUAGGCUUUGCCAAAGUCCGCGAUGUAAAAGUCCGGUUUACAUUAAUGCAUACGUGCAUCCCACUCGCAGGCCACAUGGGCUAGAGGGUUACAUCUUCUCGGCUAUAUUAAAGUAGACUAGCCUACAUCACAUGUCUACUACCACACUAUCUUUAAGAGAGAUGGGAUGCAUCUUGCCUGAGUUAAUAUAUGAAUGGCCUGAGCUAAUAAAAAAUAGGCAUAGUGUGAAGUCUGUGUACGUUACUAUGCUGGCGCUACCCAAACUGGCUAUGCACUCCGGCAAGAGAGUCGCUGCAACUCGGUUUUAGUUUGACAGAUUUAUUGCCCUUCAGGUCCAACAGAGGAUUGUUGCUUCCAGUAACAUGUGUGAGUGUACAGAGGGGUAUUCCACGAACGGAGGUUUAACAAACACAGAGUUAACGCUGAACUCUAGGUUGAUUGACCCUGAGCCGACUAACACAGAGCGGUCGGUUCCACCGCGCCGGUUAUGAAAUAGUUUAAUCAACACGGGGUUGGUUAACACUGGGUUGUGCGCGUACACGCCAAACCUAUAAAGACGUGAUGUAUGGAGCAUGGAAAUCCUGAUCAAAAGGGCGAAACAGGCUAGCUGCCGCUAGGGGCGUCUAGAUUUAUAGGCGAGAAACGGGCCGCAUGUUUCUCAGAACUCGAACGCCGGCUGUAAUAAAUUAGAAAACGUUUUUUAAAGUAACACCAAAGCCUCUGCCAUUCAGAGAAACCCUGGUAGCGGAUCGCUGACUGCGUGAAUGCAUACGUUUCAUGACAAAAUCACGUUCCUAAAUAUCUGAACUAAUCUAUUCAUAUCUCAGUUAAAGUUUUCUUAGCAUUCCUACCACAUAACCUGUUAUUUUAUAAAGAUGUAGGCUACUCCGAUGGGCCCAAGCGAUCAUCUGAUCAAGUCAAGAUGAAACAAUACGAUUCAUGGUAGUAAUUAUAUUAUUUUUCCACAUACAUUUCUACAUCUCUUUGCGCGGAAUGGCUAUAUUGCAGAGGACGGCGCAUGCAACAAUUACGCAAGCCCGUUCGGACACACUCUUAUACUACGUAGGCAUUGACAUAGACUUCAAUAUCCCAAAUGUGUUUUCAAUCGCGGGUUCUGCUGUGUGCCAGGUUAAAUGUUGCCUGUGGUCCAGGAGCGGGAUUAGGGUAGCCUAGGGUGAUGAGCGUCGGUAGGCAUGGAUACCCUCGAUCCCCAAGGAGCUACCCAUCGAAUUGCGCUGCGACCAAAUACAAUUUUUUAGCUAUCUUGCACAAGCACAACAAUUAUAUAAGGUCUAUGAUAUGUUCAUAAUGCAACGCAGUCUGUUGAAAUGUAUAGCUCAAAUUACAUCCUGCAUGGUAGACCAAACCAGGCAAUUGUGCCUUCACAUAAGUGAUCAUGUACGAAGCAUCAUAGGCUAUAUCUUCUUGGCUAAUGAUAAAAUCGACAGCGAUUACCAAACCAUCUCGAAGAUAUGAAAUGGGCAAUAUAGGCUGCGUAUACCUACACAUUUGUGAUAGUCUUUCCUGAUAAUCGGCCUCAUAUAUGGCUGGGGCCUAUAGGCACUUGUGCCAUCAAUGCACCCAAUGACAUAAUAUUGUAACCGAAUGGUAGUGAUACCCAUAUGAAAAGUCAACAGCAAGGAUAAUGUCUGUGCCACUUAAAGCAUUAGUGACCUGAGAGUUGGUGAAACUCCAUUUUAAUGAUGACCCUCGUGAGUUGUGGCCAGGAAAGAAGAUGAAGUCGUGCACUAUAACCGCUCCAGCGCAAGACAGACUUUACGCACUGAUUGGCAGACCGCUUUCCCUAUGCUCAGCAUCUCAAAUACUGGACAGAAAACUACACGUCGCAAAUAAACGGAGAGCUAUGCAAAUAGUUUUCAGUGAACUGAGGCCAGGUUCACGAUUGGUAGCCUAACGUAGGGCUAUUUAAAUAUAUUAAAGAUUAACGUAAAAAACGAUAUCGCUUCAGCCAAAAUUCAUCAAGAUGUCGAGCCGUGGUCUUAUCAAACUCUCGGUGAAUUGCACGAAUGAUUUGCCCUCCGAUGUCAAUAGACCUCUCAUCAAUAGGGCAUGCCAUUGCGAACACGAGAAAGCUGCGGAAAUCGCGGGUUUAAAUAGCCUACCCUGAGCAAAAACCGGGUUAUCUUUCAAACUUAACCUGCUCAAAACCUGCUCCGACCAGGUUAGGUUCAGAGCAUAUGUUUCUAUAGUAACUAACAUACCGUGUUCAUUUUGGAACGGAAAACCUAGAGUUACCGCAAACCCUGGGUUAACUUACCCGGUUUUGUGAUAAAACCGGCUUUGUGGAAUACCCCUCUGGAGUGUAGAUGUAUAUGUGUUUGUGUUUGAGUGUGUGUGGUUUUCUGUAAAUAAAGGAUAUACAGAAUAUCUAGCCUAGAAAUCUAGACGCCCCUAGCAGCAGCAAAUGUAAUUUGGCUGGCGGGGCAGUCUAGGCACGAUCCAUUGAGCCAGGGAGCUGAGAACCCCCAGCACCAGCGUUCCAAUCACAGCGUGUAUAGAGUCGGUGGGUGGGCUUAACAUAAUGGUGACUGAAAUGUGACCAGAAGUUGCGACGGUAACGCAUCCUGUUAUUUGAAAACAAGAUGAUGAUUUGUUUAGCGUUAUCCUAUUGCGUGGAGAGGGAAGGUUACGCAUCCUGCUACUUGAAAACAAGAAGAUGAUUCGUUUAGUGUUAUCCUAUUGAGGGGAGGGAAUUUGAAAGACAACUGUUUAUCCCACCCCUCCGAUUGCGCCCUGUCUACGGUGAGUGUCCAGACCCUACAUCUUGAUGUGGGUCUGGCUCGUCAGGCUACAGAAUAUCAGUAUGAAUUGUACAUACAUACAUAAAUAAUGUAACAUAAAAUAUACAUGAAUAUAUAAAUAUGUAUGCACGCAGUACAGGCCAAGAGCAUGUAACAAUAUUAGCUCUGAAGUGUAAGUAAUUACUGUGCAACAAACACAAUGCUGACUAACAAUGAGUAUUAAUUAGAACCAGUGGCGGACCGUGCAUUUAGUGGCUAGGCCUUCAAUUCUGCAUAUUUAUUGUCAUAUACCACAUUAAAAGGGGGGCGUUACGGGGGGAUCCCCCCGUAGAUUUUUUUUACCAUUUCAUCGCUUAAAUGUGCACUUUCCUUGCAUUUCGCGGUGUAAAAAAGUCACGAUUUGUUUCUUACCCGAGUCUUUGUAGCGCUCUAAAAACGCCAUCGUCAUACAAACAAGUAGGCUGCUUGUUCCGAUACAAUAGGUCUCCGAGCAGAAAUCUUCAUCACUUCAUCAAUUAGGCCUACAAACACCUUUAUUAGGCGAACAAAUGCAAAGAGGGCUAGGUUACUUACCUCCAAACAUUCAGCUUACUGGACAGCAGCGGCGAUUUCAAUGUUUAAACACCAAACGCACUCGGCAGUGCAAACACGUCUCAAUUAGGCUUGUCUCGCAAUGCACGCUUUUGUUUGACCCGUUGACACGUUAAAGUAUUUUCAUUUUUCGAUGAUGGGGAGAGCAAUAGAGAUGCAUUUAAGACGAUAAUGUUAUUUAACCUUAGACUUUUAUGAUUCAGUGUACCAUAGGCUAAAGUUGAAAUAAAAUGCAAUAACAAUGAAAGUUCUAUAAUUGUUCAUGAUGUUCAUGUACUUUCAUUAGGUCUGCUACAUUAUCAGUCAGCAACUACUUAAGGUGAAAUGACACAGCAGAAAAUAAAUUUGAUAUUAAAAUCAAGGAACAUUUAUUUAUUUAACUAAGUGCAGUAAGUUGAUCUUCAUGGGUGUUGACUUCUUUCUUCCACAUCUUCCACUUCACUGGGUGGUCUGUGUUGUUAAGAUACCCUGAAACAUACAUAAACAGAAUAAUAUACUUUAGCUGAACAUGUUCUUUACAAUACCUAACAUGAAAUAAGAUGUUAAACAUAAACAGAAUAAUACUGUAUAUACUUUAGUUGAAAAUGUUCUUUAUAAUACCUAACAUGAAAUGAGUCAAUGUUAUAAUUUUUACAGUGUUUGCACAAACACUUUUACUUUUAUACCAACAUGUUUACUGUUGAAACAUCUAUCUUUAUCACAGCUACUGUGUUCUCAACUACAGUUGUGUUAGAGUACUUACAUUUCACUGGCACAACUGGACUGAUAUCCAGAAAUGCUGCCAGGAGCUGAUAUGUAGAUGAGGGGAGAACAGCCAGAAUAGAAUUAACAGGAAUUAACUGGAAAAUACAGGAAAAACAGGUAUUAAAUAACACAUCAUGAUACAACAGAUUGAAUAGAAUAUUAAAACUAAUAACCAAAAGGUACUUAUCUUAUUGAACGAUGUUUCAGGAAAUAGGCCAGGGUUGGUGGUAUUUCAUUGGCGCUCUCUGAAAAGUAAUAAAAACAAAAGUACAAAUAUACUUACCUGCAAUCUACUUACCUGAAAAUAUGGUAUCUUCUAGUGGCUCAGCUAUACCCAUGUCCCACAAUGCAGACUCUAGAUAUGCCAAAAAUCAAGAAGACAAAAUGCAGUAUGUAUGCCAACUUUCUGAACAUGGCAACAUGGCAUUUAAUUUAUUUAAAGGUGAAAUCCAGCCGCCGUUCCUUCUUUGUGAAUGAUGAAAUCACACGUUCAUGCAGAACAUCUCUAGCCUUUAAAUUCAGAAGCAGCUCUGUCUCAAUGGCCAUUAGCGCAAGAGAGGAUAGCCGUGUCUGUCCUGUUGAGUUCCUGGAAUACGUUUUAAUUCUUUUCAGAGCUGAAAAGGAUCUUUCCACUGAAGCAGUGGACACAGGAAUGGUAACAGCCAAGCAAGCAAGGGCAUACAGCUGGUGCAUGCUCCUUUCUAAUCCAUUCUGCUGGAGGUACAGACAAACAUCAAAUGGGCUCUUACCUUCAAAGUCCGCCAUGCCAUACAUAACGCUGAGCUCAGAUCUUAAUCGGGUCAUAUCGAACAAUGGUCCAUGGCUCGCCCUCAAGCUGUCAAAAACUGCGUCUGGAAAUGUUGCUCGAUAAGCUGCAAACUUUGAGGCAUCAAGAAGAGAGAGGAAUGAAAGCCUCUGAUGAUCCUUGAAACGAGAACUUAUCUGCAUCACGAUGCUGUCAAGAAUCUGGACAUGGAGUUGUUUAUAUCGGCCGCGAACAUUCUCGUCUGGGUGACCUCUGCGCGUUCUCGGUGCCCCUACCUCACGCAUAGUGGAUGCAUAUAUGCUGUCGAACCUCUCCUUCUCAAGUUCAACAAAGCCACAAAACUCAUUCACCCGGUUAAGACAGAACUGCAUGUCCAGUGUUUUGGUCUGCAGUAUGUCAAACAGAACGUCGGCAUGGGUGAACACACCAGAGAAAGUGGAAAGCAUGAAACAGAAGUCAAAGCUGCACAGAAGACUAACAUAUCCAUCUGCACUCCGCACAGCAUCUUGAUCAUAUUCAUCAUGGUUUUCAAGAAUGGUCUCGAAAACUUCCAGAAGAGCUUCUCUUUUCUCCAGUACUGUCCCGACCAAUCGGGAGUUGUACUGCCAUCUCGUUGGUGCCACUCGAGGAAGUCGCCGUUCGCAAAUCUCAUCAAGUAACUCUGUGCGUUUUGGAGAUCUAGAGAAAAACGACGCCAAGCCAGAAAGAUGAGAGAAGAACACGUUACAUUCUCGGAUCUUUGACACCCCCUGAGUCAAAACAAGGUUAAGCGUGUGAGCAUAGCAAUGGAUGAACAAAGCCAUUGGAGCUUGCUCUCUCACUUUAGCCUGAACGCCGUUAAUGCCAGAUGCCAUUACAGCAGCACCAUCGUAGCACUGCGCUACAACCUUAUGCAUGCAGUCAUACUCCUCUAAGAAGUUAAGAACUAGAGCAGCGAUGUCACCUGCCCUCUUGCCCCGAGUCACAUCGACAUACUUCAUGAAGCGUUCUUUCACACCGGUAUCUGUCACGUAACGGAGGACCAGAGACAUCUGCGCAGCAUUGCUAGCAUCUGUGGUUUCAUCCACCAUCACAGCUAUAUAUGGAGCCCGACUGAUCUCCGACCGAAUGUCAUCCAACAUCACUAAAGCAACAUCCUGAAUCAAAUCAUUCUGAAUCUUACCUGACGUCCCCGUGAAAACUCUGUUGGUAGUGAGAUGGUGUUGCAAAACAGGAUCGCGUUCCGCUAAAAAAGCCAGGAGCUCAACGUAGUUACCACGGUUGGUAGAGGUGGUGCUCUCGUCAUGACCCCUGAAAGACAACUCCUGUUUCCCGAGGAAAACAACACAGUCAAUAAGAUCUUUCAGGAUCUUCCGAUUCUUCUUCACCUGAACAUUAUGCAGCUCAGUAGCACGUCGCCGCUGCUCAUCAAGCUGCAAAUCAAUCCUGCUAUUUCCGAAUGUAGCUGUCGAAACUGUAGCCUGAAUAUGGCUAGUUGUAUUCUGGUGUCUAAGCGCUGCCUUUGUAAGACAACUCAAAUUAGAAAAGCCUAAACAAUUCCAAACACCACGGUCACUGGAGAAAAGCAAGCAGUCGAAGCAGUACAGUCGAUUAUUGUACGUUGAUCCAGUAAGCCACGGGUAACGUUGGUAGUUACUUACCUGGAAAUGUCUCACACAGUUUUUACUUACCUGGCUAAGUGCUAACUGAGGCAUCGGUCGACCUUUUCUCACAAUAUCCAUCUUCUCAGUGAAAUCUCUCCUCGAAAAUGGUGUUGAGAGUAAGUCAGAAACUAAAUCACACGUUUCUCUUGUAGAUAGCGCCAUCGACCUGUCAAAUUGGAAAAUUCACCUAGCGGGUGCGAGUUGAGAGAUGACAAUGAAUGACACACACACACAGUACCUGUGGAUGUCUGACAGAAGAUACUCGCUCGAGCUCUAAGUCGAACGUCAAAACAAAUAGUUCUAGCGGCAAAAUUCGUGAUGACUGACAAACUGUUCCGGGUAUUCUUUUCGAACAUUGCAGGCCCACCAGCAGUCAGACCUGCCUACCUCGUCGUAAUACAUUGUUUUGAUUGGCUGAUCUGUCAGAUGUAGCCAUCAAUCAACCCGAAUCAAAACAUAUGAUUUCUAAGGGUUGCUUAGGUACCGAAAACGCAGUGAUUCCUUGUGAAGGCCUGAUGCGGGUGUUAACAAGGGAAGACAUACGAUUGGAUACAAGUGGAUAUCACACCCCCUCGUUAUUUGUUCACGCAAUCUGUCAAUCAAAUCGCAUAGCGGACAGCGGUAGUAAUGGUUAGGCUAGUCGAGUCGAGAACGAUCGGGGAAGGAGAAACAGAAGCAAAUAAUAAAUGGCGAUGUAGAAUAUUAUUAAAGAGUUAUUAUUUUUUAUUCAUUUGAAAAUAGUUAGGCCUUCAGAGAAGGCCUUGAAGGCCCUGACGGUCCGCCACUGAUUAGAACCCAAUACAAGAGAAAUCAGCAGUUACACCAUGUUAUACCAACAUUGGCCACUAGAAGGCGCUCUAAGACCACAAAUGAAACAUGUCACUAGCAUUUGGAUCUAGUAAUCACGUGAUGGACUAGUGGCGCGAAUGGAAGAUGAAAUGUGACCAUUCAAAGCGAAAUCAGUCGUUUUGCGCACAACGUUAUUUUGAGAAAAUCAACAAUAACAAACUUCCGGGUUAAAAUGUUGAAUUUCACGUUUUUGCAUAAUUCGACUGUAUACAGUCUACAGUUUCAUAUCGUGAACGCAUUUCACGGAAAAACAUACGUUUUGACUGUUAAACCCAGCGAAGAUUCAACACAUUUGCUGUCAUUCCCGUUGUGCACGCGCCGCUUAAAAAGGUGAUUUCUCCUCUUCUGGCAUAUCGUGACAGGAGAACCAUGUCAACGUUGGAUGCGGUUAUCUUAGCGAUAGUUUGUGUAAUACCCUCGAUAUACAUAUCGUUGGAAAGCUUAGUUUAUGGCCGUUCACGUGAGCACAAUAACUUAAUUUAAUACAUUUUACCGAAACGACUGGUUCCGCUUUACAGGGUCACAAAUGUGUUUAAUUAAGUUAGCAACAGCAACCGAUGGACUAUUAUUCGGACUAGUUCACAAAUUACAACAAAGUAAGGUCUUAUACUGCGUUCAUGCAGCUCGGAACCUCGGAAAUUUCUGACCUCCGAUAGCGGAAAAAUGACAUGAACGCUAGGUCGGGUGGGAUUUUUUCCUCGGAGACUCGUGCGGAAGUUUUGUGCCCCGAGGUGUCCGACUUGACGUCACUAUCAUAUUCUCCAACCACGACGGCCUCCCUUGCAACAACACAAGAGGUGAAUUUCACUGUCAUUACGAAUAGGCAAGGUAAUUUGUCACUAAAUUAACAACACAGACAAAAACACUCGCCCAAGACAAUUUCCUUCUUGCUCAACCAUACUAAGCAGUUGUAAUAACGUAUUUAUGCGUUUCCUGUAUUUAUUUUCCGAACUGAUCUCAUGAACACAAUUUUUUCGGAGGUCGGGACUUUUUAAAGGCAGGUCCUCCGAGGUUCCGAGCUGCAUGAACGCAGUAUUAGCCUACUAUAUGUCAAUUGUCCUAUUUGUGUACUUACAUGGUCGGAUACACACACAGCAACACAACAUAAAAGUAAAACAGAACGGGAAAAAUUAGCAACUCUACAAACAGCUGGACUCGUGUCGGCAGUGAACUAACUCCUAGUACAAACAUAGACUGUAAAAAAUAUGGACAAAGCGUCUGUGACGUCACCCAUAGAUUUCUGAAGAACUCAAAUGAAGCCGUUUAUGGGGGGUAUGGGCGGCGCCAUCUUGGGAAAUCUUGGGAGAUCAUAACCACGCCCACAUUCUGGCCAAUCCAAUCAAAUGGGUGAAAGGGCGGGCUUUGUGCAAAACUGAGCCGAACAGGUGUUCUUCAGCUAAGCAGCUAAUACGUUACGGUUACGAUACUGGCAAGCUAGGCUACUGCUACGUUUACUGCGAAGCCACUGAAGUCGAAGACUGAUUCUAACCCAUCUGAAUUUGCUGGUAAGUUGAACCGUGUUCAUGUUUGUCUCUUAAAGGCAUGUGUUCAGACAUCUUAUGAUUAUGUAUCCUGCAAGCUAACCGGGUAAACUCAUGUGAAUAGUUAGUGCUGCUAACAAGUUAGCCUACUACAAAUAAUGAACGGAGUUGUGUUUGCACCUUCUAGCAGGUGAAAUAAGCUAGCUGUUAACGUUACGUUACCCCAUUUACAAUAAACGAUAGAGAAAGUUAGACUCCACUACAGAUACAUUGAUCUUUAGCUUUAGUGAUUAACGUUACCCAUCUCUGUUCUCAUUUUAUUAUUGGUAAUGUUAUGAAACGUUGAAACGUAUGAUCCUGUGACAUUGAAUGUUGCGGUCAUUUCAUUGUAACAUUAACAAUAAUUUAUGUCAACAUCAAGCUCGCUUUAUUCCGUCAAGUUAUUGACAAAAUCUUAGUCUAGUAUUAGUUGUACAUCAUUUGAUGUGUUUUAUGUUUUAGCAAUAAUCAUGGGUUUCAUCAGGUCCCUUUCCACAGGUGUAUUAAUCAAACACCAUGCUGUCUGCAUUCAUAGUCAAGGUGCUUGAUUUUAUACACCUGUGGAAAGGGACCUAAUGAAAACAAUGAAUAUACAAGGAUGUUGUGUUAUGGAUUAUGCAAUGAGUAAAACUAAAUAAAAUUUUAGAGCAAUGAUUUGCACAAUAUGUAAUUUUACUGUCAAAAUCACACUCGUGAAUACUGGUGAUUACGUGUUGUUAGUUGACACUUGUGUUGUACUUGUAUUGCAUUUCAUUGUAGGUUACACAGGUAUGAAUGUAAUUAAAUGUUUACCUUUCUAU